AUGGCCUUCUUCGUCUCGCUCCUUUUCUUGCUUCACCGCCGCUAUGGUCGCGGCAAGUCAACGUCGAAUAAUAAGAGCAAGGGCCGCCUUCCUCCUGGACCACCGGCGCUGGUGUUCCUGGCCAAAUUCUUGGUCCUGCGGCGAUCGAUCUUCGACCUGGCGCCGCUGCUCCGGGACCUGCACGCGCGCCUUGGCCCCGUCAUCUCCGUCCACCUCUUCACCACGCUCGUCUUCGUCGCCGACCGCCGCCUUGCGCACCGCGUCCUCGUCCGGGACGGCGCCACCUUCGCCGAUCGCCCGCCGCUCGUCGAGCCGGAUCCGCUCUUCUGCGCCGGCGACAUCAACACCGCGCCCUACGGUCACUACUGGCGCCUCGUCCGCCGUAACCUCGCCGCCGACGCGCUGCACCGCGCCCGCGUCGGCCUCUUCGCGCCGGCUAGGCGGUGGGCUUGCGAGGCGCUCGUUACAAACCUCCUCCACGCGGCGCGCGUCUCCUCCUUCGAGACGGAGCUCGUCACGGUCAGGCCGUUCCUGCGGCGCGCCAGGUUCGAGCUGCUCGUGUACAUGUGCUUCGGCGCUCGGCUCAGCCAGGGCGCGCUCGACGAGAUCGAGGCGUGCUCGCUUCCUUCACCGCCUUUCCGGUGUUCGCCUUCUUCCCGCCGCUCACCAAGAGGCUCGUCUGCAAGCGGUGUGGGAGGCACACGUGGCCGUGCACCGGAGGCUGCACGAGCUGUUCGCCCCGCUGAUCCACGCCGCGGGCCGGCGUGGCGAGGACGACCACCCGCCGUGCUACGCCGACUCCCUCCUCGCGCUGCGGGUGCCCGACGAGGGCGACCCGCCUCUCACGGACGCCGAGAUCGUGAGCCUCUGCUCCGAGUUCCUCAACGCCGGGACGGACACCACAGUGACCCUGGUGGAGUGGAUCAUGGCCGAGCUCGCGAACAACCCCAACGUCCAAGCCAAGGUCGCUACAGAUAUGAUAAUCUUAAUCUAUUUUUCAGCAAGUAUGUAUGUACAAAGUUGGAAGUUUCGUUCAACUCGUAG